UGCGAUGGUUCUUUUUAUUUCAGUGGUUCGCUUUAUUUCGAUCGUUUGCUUUCGAUGGUUCGCUUUAUUUCGAUGGUUCGCUUUAUUUCGAUGGUUCGUUUUUAUUUCGAUGGUUCACUUUAUUGCGAUGGUUCUUUUUAUUUCAGUGGUUCGCUUUAUUUCGAUGGUUUGCUUUCGAUGGUUCGCUUUAUUGCGAUGGUUUGCUUUAUUUCGAUGGUUCGCUUUAUUUCGAUGGUUCGCUUUAUUUCGAUUGUUCGCUUUAUUUCGAUGGUUCGCUUUAUUUCGAUUGUUCGCUUUCGAUUGUUCGCUUUAUUUCGAUUGUUCGCUUUCGAUUGUUCGCUUUAUUUGGAUUUUCCGCGUUCGAUGGUUCGCUUUAUUUCGAUGGUUCGCUUUCGAUGGUUCGUUUUAUUUCGAUUGUUCGCUUUAUUUCGAUUGUUCGCUUUCGAUUGUUCGCUUUAUUUCGAUUGUCCGCUUUCGAUGGUUUGCUUUAUUUCGAUGGUUCGCUUUAUUUCGAUGGUUUGCUUUCGAUGGUUCGCUUUAUUUCGAUCGUUUGCUUUCGAUGGUUCGCUUUAUUGCGAUGGUUCUUUUUAUUUCAGUGGUUCGCUUUAUUUCGAUGGUUCGCUUUUUUCGAUCGUUCGCUUUAUUUGGAUUGUCCGCUUUCGAUGGUUCGCUUUAUUUCGAUGGUUCGCUUUCGAUUGUUCGCUUUAUUUGUAUUGUCCGCUUUCGAUGGUUCGCUUUAUUUCGAUGGUUCGCUUUAUUUCGAUUGUCUGCUUUCGAUGGUUCGCUUUAUUUCGUGGUUCGCUUUAUUUCGAUGGUUCGCUUUCGAUGGUUCGCUUUAUUUGGAUGGUUCGCUUUAUUUCGAUGGUUCGCUUUAUUUCGAUUGUUCGCUUUAUUUCGAUUGUUCGUUUUAUUUGGAUUGUCUGCUUUCAAUGGUUCGCUUUAUUUCGAUGGUUCGCUUUAUUUCGAUGGUUCGCUUUAUUUCGAUGGUUCGCUUUAUUUCGAUUGUUCGUUUUAUUUGGAUUGUCUGCUUUCAAUGGUUCGCUUUAUUUCGAUAGUUCGCUUUAUUUCGAUGGUUCGCUUUAUUUCGAUGGUUCGCUUUCGAUUGUUCGCUUUAUUUGGAUUUUCCGCGUUCGAUGGUUCGCUUUAUUUCGAUGGUUCGCUUUCGAUGGUUCGCUUUAUUUCGAUGGUUCGCUUUCGAUGGUUCGCUUUAUUUCGAUUGUUCGCUUUCGAUUGUUCGCUUUAUUUCGAUUGUUCACUUUCGAUGGUUCGCUUUAUUUCGAUGGUUCGCUUUCGAUGGUUCGCUUUAUUUCGAUUGUUCACUUUCGAUGGUUCGUUUUAUUUCGAUGGUUUGCUUUUUUCGAUUGUUCGCUUUAUUUGGAUUGUCCGCUUUCGAUGGUUCGCUUUAUUUCGAUGGUUCGCUUUAUUUCGAUGGUUCGCUUUCGAUUGUUCGCUUUAUUUGUAUUGUCCGCUUUCGAUGGUUCGCUUUAUUUCGAUGGUUCGCUUUAUUUCGAUUGUCUGCUUUCGAUGGUUCGCUUUAUUUCGUGGUUCGCUUUAUUUCGAUGGUUCGCUUUCGAUGGUUCGUUUUAUUUCGAUGGUUCGCUUUAUUUCGAUGGUUCACUUUAUUUCGAUGGUUCGCCUCAGAACAGCUGGAUCAGCCUCAGUGUAGUAACUACUGUACGAUAUCUUCAAAAGCAGCGCUACUGAGCCCUAGUGUGGCCAAUUUAGGAAAGCAGAGGGUUACGCAGUUCCCACUUCUGCCUUAUCUCCCGCCAGCUGUCGUUGAUUAAGGCACUUCUGCUUUUCCAGUGGGACCAUUUCAUGAAUUUGUGUCUGAAAGAGUCUUCUGCUAAAUGGCAGGGAACGUCAGAUGACCCAUUUCUUCAGUUGGUGCUGAUUAUAAACCCCCACGAGCAGAGCCGCUGUGACAUCAGAACAUUUCAUGUAACGUUUGAUUUUCAGACAUUCUGCGGUGUGCAAGAGCAUCGCCACGUGUCAGAUUUAACAAAGAGCGAUGACCGCGGUUGAAAUGAAUUCAGAGCGGAUUCCAAGAGCAAAUUGAAACUGUACAGUUUUUGGUUUUCAUGAAAUUCAGAAGUGCCAGGGGAUAUUGACCGACUUUUAGUAGAGAGCUUGUGUUUGUCACUAAUUCACAGAAUCCAGCGCUCUCUACACAGUGAUAACAGUUUAAUCACACAGUUUAACAGCCUAGAUAACCGGACUGCUUGACUUUUAACAUGGCUCGCUCAUAUGUCUCCCUCUUCAGCCAUUGUCCUGAAAGUCAACAUAAAAUCAUAAUGAAUCCUUCUCAAUACAUUUGCAAGGCCAAACAUAUCAUCAGUGAUCAUUAUUCCAGACAAAAGUGCAGAGUUGGGGUUUAUUUUAAACAAAAUAACUGGAUAAGUCCAGAGAUGGAGUCGUUUCACUGGAAUAAUUUUUAAGUACAAGUUCCCAUGAAACCAUUUUAUGUUAACUUUUGCUCUUUAAAAAUGAUAUAAAAAGACACGUUUCUUGCCUGACCUUCUUACAAAAAGAGAAAAGAGUUUGUAAGUCAUUGUGUCUGAGAUUCUCGUCCUAGACUUCUUGUCUCCACAUCAAUUGUGAAAAAGGCCAAAUGCCUCAUUCCUGCCGUGUGACGGAUCUCACGAGUGUGUGUGUGUAUUUAUAUGUAUUGUAUGGGUCUACCACAUCAACAUUUACUUACGCUUUCAUACACACUGAAACCACAGAAUAAAACAUUCAUUGGUGAAAGGCAUUUGUGACUUUUUAUCUCACAAUAUAUAAAAUUAUAUGAAGUCGC